AUGUUUUUUAUAAACACUUUACUUUCUGAAGUGCUGAAAAUCUCUUUGUAUUCUGGUUAUGCAUACCUCGGAAGUUGCUGUUUUGCAUUUUUGUAUCAGCGGAAGCUUCAAUAUUUUCCGGAUCGCUCGGAAUAUAGAAUAGCUGAUGGAUCUUGCGGCUAUAUUCAUUUCGUAACAGAAGCUGAAGAUGGAGUUGAACUCAAGGGGAUCUACAUUGUUCCCAACCCCGAAAAGCAAUUCAGUACUUUGACACUAUUACAUCUUCAUGGAAAUGCGGGAAAUAUCUAUCACCGUUUAAGUUGGGCUAACUUAGUGCACAAACAAUUUGGAUGCGGUAUUGUACUACUUGAUUAUCGCGGUUUCGGAGGAAGCUCCGGUCAAAUAAGCGAGACUGGAUUAAUUCUGGAUGCGAAUGCUGGUGUUGAUUGGAUAGUAAAAGUAUCUGUAAGCUCUUGCAUAAUAGCGCUACACUUAGAGUCUAUAGGAAGUGCUGUUGCUUUAAAUAUCUCUGCAAACGUGUGUAAAAGACCUGAAGUACAAGGAAUCGUCGUGGAAGGCGGUUUGUGCUCUUGUAUGGAGCUGGCACAAGAAUUAAUCCCCAUUUUGCCAGUACGUUAUAUUUUGAAAGAUAAAUGGACAGGAGUACGAGAGGCAGCAAGUGAAAUUAGUCGUUCGAGUUACUUCAUGUCUUUACAUGGAGCCAUUGAUGAAAUUGUUCCUUUAAGUCACGGUCGUGGCCUUUUUGAAUCUGUUGCAAGUGGAAAUAAAAUACUGCGUUGUUUCCCUCGUGGAGGUCAUAAUGAUCUUAUUGGACAUCCUGGCUAUUUCGGUUCUUUGAAUAGCUUUUACUCAAAACUAUUGUAG